CAUAUCACCAAAAUGUCGAAUAAAAUGGCGUCUAGCGAAUAGCAAGUGACGCUAUGUUUGUGAUGAUUUCAAAGUGAAAUUUAACGCAUUAGUCGUAACAUAUAAGAGUAGCACUUAAAACAAGCUAAGCAUAGAAAGUUUAUUUUCAGAUAUCCACGUGUUAUGGCUACACCAAACAGCUAUAAACAAAACACAUCAAUGUCGAUGCCAAGCCCUCAAAAUAAUCCGCACUACAUGAUUGCGGGGCCCCCAAUGAGUUUCGGUAUGAUGAAAGGCGGUAUGAAUGCACCGCCGCCUAACCAAUACCAGUACCACCCUCAAUACCAGGGCGGGCCGGGCAUGGGCCCGCCGGGGGGGUACGGGUGGCAACAUCAGGCGCGUUUCGGUGCAGAGAGCGCGAGGCGCGCCGGCGGCUCCACGCAGAGCGCGCAGGCCGCCAAGGACGAUAAGACGAGCCCCUUCGUAUCCACGAUACACUCGCACCCUGGCUUCCAACCGCAGAAGAUUGGGAAGGGCGCCGGUGGUGGUGCGGGUCUCCCGAAGCCACCGAAGCCUCCAGAGAAGCCCCUUAUGCCAUACAUGCGUUAUUCUCGACGUGUAUGGGACAGUGUAAAAGCGGCCAACCCAGAUCUGAAGCUAUGGGAGAUAGGACGAAUUAUUGGUGGAAUGUGGAGAGACCUGCCCCAGGCGGAAAAGUACGCUUUCGUCGACGAAUAUGAAGCUGAGAAGUCGGAGUACGAAAAGAGCUUGAAGACGUACCACAAUUCGCCAGCGUACCUGGCGUACAUAGCCGCGAAGAACAAGGCUGUCGGUAAGGUUGGUAAUUUAGAAGAAGAAAGUUCGAGCAAAAAGGGUGGAUCCCAGAAGGAACAACAACAGCAAGAUAGAAGAAUUGAUAUUCAACCAGCAGAAGACGAAGAAGAUCAAGAUGAAGGCUUGUCAGUUAAGCAUGUGGCAUAUGCCCGCUAUCUCCGCAACCAUCGCCUCAUCAACGAGAUAUUCUCGGACACAGUCGUGCCGGAUGUUCGCUCGGUGGUCACCACCGCUCGGAUGCAGAUCUUAAAGAAACAAGUACAAUCGUUGACAAUGCAUCAGAAGAAGCUCGAAGACGAAUUGCAGCAGAUUGAGGAGAAGUUCGAAGCGAAGAAGCGCAAGUUCAUCGAGAGCAGUGAGGCGUUCCAGGAAGAAUUGAAAAAGCACUGCAGGCCGGCCGUGGACGAGGACACGUUCGGGCGCAUGGUGGAGCGCGCGCUGGAGCAGCUGCGCCGCGGGGCCGCGCCGCCGCACGCGCGCGACCGCCCGCACGAGCCAAUGGAUCAGAACGCGAUUAAAGCAGAGUCCGGACCGAACGCACCGACACAAGUGGACAAGGUGUCGACGACGGAAGUGAAACCGGACGCCAACGUCACCACGGAGCUGAAUAUUCCGGAGGGCGAAGCGAAAGAGCCCGUGCCCGAGAACAACGCUGCGCAGGAAACCGAAGGUCAACAAUCACUAAAUAACACUAGCUGUGAACGCAAAGAAGACAAACCAGUUGAGAUGAAAGUGGAGAACAGAGAAGUUCCAGGGCCAGCAGCUUUGCCUCCACAGUCACAGAUAACUUCACCAACACCCCCUGUAACCAUGAUGAUGCCUCCGAACCCUAAUGCUCCAGCUCACCCAGCACCCCCUCAUGGAGGACCACCGCCUCCACCAGGCGGUUAUGGCGCGGCAGGAUAUGGCGGCCGCUACUACCCGGGCUACGCGGGCGGCUUCCCCGCCUACCCGCACUACUACCCGCCCGACCACUACCCGCCGCACCACGCGCCUCAUCCCCACCAUGAACUUAAGCCCGAGGAGCCACCGGCUAAGAAAGAGGCUGAAUGAUUGUCACCGAAACGCGUCGUGAAACGGCGCAGAAAAUCUUCAUCAAAAGAGAAGCAGUAGAGAAUAUUGAAGAUUUUCAGUGAUUUUAAAUCGGACUUUUUAUGAAUAUGUAUAUCUCGAGACAUUCUUGUGAAGUACAGUCGACGAAACAAAGAUGAUGAAGUGAUGAAAAGUGAACAUGUAAAAUUUCAUCAAUAUAUUUUUUGUCAGGAAAUUGAUAAGUGAUUGUUGUUAAUAUUUAUAACAUUCACGUUUUUACUUAUAAAUAUUGUUUAAUAGGUGGUCAGUUAAAACUAAUCAUUCCAUUUCUAUCAUUAUUGAUUUGACAUUCGAAAGAAGAUUGAUUGAUUAACUAAUCGUCCAUCAAACGACAUUUAUAAACAAGACCGUCAAUAAUCAAUUGUUUAAUAUUGUGAUUAUAUAAGGAAAGGUUUUUAAUAAAAUAGAAGUAAGACAUUUUAUGAAUGUGUACUUUAGUUAGUGCGUACAAUAUCUUAAUUUAAGAAUGGUUUUCAAUAAAUCUUAGCUAUACAAUAAUCUGAUAAAACAUUUAUAGCGACAUCAUCCCUCUAUACUGCAAAACAUUUAAUUAUAAUAAAUAUAAACGAAAGCUAUUCUUUACACACGUCUUAAUUUUACAUUAAUGAUUUUGCAGAUACAGUGUGAAUAUAACAAUUUUUUAAAAUUAGGAUAAAAUGAUAUUGAUAAUAUUUUAUUUACAUUUAGUAUGCUUAAAAUAUAGGUAUAUAUUAGUUAUUGAAUAAUAAAUUAGUUACUUAAAGUAAAACUUAGGUGUCAAUAAGCAUGUGAAAACUACAACUUGCAAAUGUGUUUAUCUGUUCUCCUCCAUUUGAAUUCUGUUGCUGUUUCGUCCAAAUUGCGCAAUUAUUGGACGACCAUCCAAUAUUGUUCCGUUUACUUCCUCCAAAGCCUGAAUAGCUAAGUCUUCACCUGUGAAAUAAAGUAUGUAUCUAAA